ACUGAACUGAGUGCGCAUCCGUCCGUCCCAUCGUAGGCCCGUCCCGAUGAACCUGUUGUAGAUAUCUUUCCUCGGUUGACCUUUAAUUUCCACUGAAUUAUUGUGAUACCCAUCUCAUGACCUCGCCGGAGACUGCGAGGUGAUGCUAAGAUAUACUUCUUUUUAGUCGACAUUGCCAUCGAAUAAAAUGGACCGUAAUAGAGCCGGGAGUGGUGAAGCAGCUAAACUUCAGCAGCAUCUGACACUUUUGAAGGAAGAAUAUGUGAAGUUACAACGGCGUUACAGCGACCUUGAACAAAAAUAUGCUGUCGUAGCUGCAACAGCUGGUGAUGUUGAUCAGAACAGUUUUGUGGCACGCCUCUUACUCACUGUUGCAGGACUUUUUGAUCAAACAUUAUAUAGUGAUUUGACAGUGAAGCUCAAGAAAAGGGAAAUUCCAGCUCACAGCUUUGUCCUAGCAGCAAGGAGUCAAGACUGGGGCCCUCAAUCCCUCCCUGAUGCAAAGACACUUGAUUGGACCAAUUUGGAGGACAACGUUGCUGAGACUUUGUUGCAAUGGGUCUACACGGAUCAAGUCGAUUUGUCUGGUGGCGAUGGUCAUCUCUUAAGUCUGAUGCGAGCAGCCAGUUCAUUUCACUUAGAAGAUUUAGUCAACAAGUGCGAAAAUGCCUUGAUGGCUUCAGUAAAUGUGAAAAAUUGUGUUAGAUUCUAUACCACUGCUGAUGAGAUUGGAGCAAAUACUUUGAAAGAACACUGCUCUACCCUCAUAUCCGCUCACUGGGAUGAUUUCUCCAGUGAGGACUUUUCUCACAUGUCAGCUCCAUUGCUUUACCGUAUGUUCAAAUCCAAGACCAAUCACCCUUUGCAUUCUGCCAUUCGCCUGAAGAGAGAAGAUGUUGUUUUCUUGUACUUGGUGGAAAAUACGGCUGAGCUGCCGUCGCUGCUGAACGCCGUGGACGGGCGGGGCGAGCUGCCCCUGGACCUGGCGCUGCGGGACCAGCAGACGUCCCUCGCCAAGACGCUGGUGGAGCACGGCGCCGAGGCCGACGCGCAGGACGCCAGGGGGUGGACGCUGCUGCACUGCGCCAUCGAGAGAGGCGACAGCUACGCCGCCAACUUCCUGCUGGAGCACGGCGCCGCGCCCGCGCUCCGCACCCCGGCCAAGGGGGACACUGCGCUGCACAUGGUGGCCGCGCUCAGCCCGGACACGGCCGACGACGCCGUGCUGGCCGCGCUCACCGACGUGGCCGGCGUGAUGCUGCGCAAGGGGCUGGACGCCAACGUGCAGAACAAGCAGGGCUUCGCGCCGCUGCACCUCGCCGUCCAGUCACGCAACUCGGCGGUGUUCUCGCUGCUGCUCCAGUGUGCCGACAUCGACUUGAACGUGCGCAACGACCAGGGCCACAGCGCCUUGUACUACGCCCUCCUGGGCGGCGGCCCUUUCGACGCCGAGAGCUACGCCGCUCGGUUGGUGUCGCAGGGCGCCACGGCCAAUCCUGUGUACCCCGCCAUGGGAGACUCUCUUCUUCACCUCAUGGCUAGAGAGAAUUUGGAGGAACAAGCUUUGUUCUUGUCGGAGCAUGCCACCAACGUGAACCAUGUUAAUGCCCAAGGACAAUCUGCGAUGCAUAUUGCUUGUGAAACAGGUUUAGCUAAACUUGUAGCAGCUUUGCUGAAAGCAGGCGGUAACCCCAAUUUGCAGACACUAGCUGCUUCAGAAAGUAGUGGAGCUCAUCGACAAACACCGCUUCAUGUCGCUAUUUCAAACAAGCAUGAAGAUGCUGCUCGUGUCAUAAUUGACUAUAAGUUAAACUAUAUUUGCCAAAAAGGCAACCCCAAGGCAGUCCCUACUCCAAAUCUUGAUUGCAAGGAUUCAUUGGGGGACACUCCGCUCUCACUGGCCAUCCGUUCUGGAAUGCAAGAGAUUACUCAGAACAUGUUGAAGGCUGGAGCAGAUGUGAAUGUGCGCAAUGGCAAGGGAUUGACUCUCUUACACCAGGCCAUUCUGAAUGGAGACAGCAAAAUGGCAAAUUUCUUGUUGAAUUGUGAGGCUGACAUGAAUGCCCUGACUUCAGAUAAUGAAACUCCAUUAGAACUGUGCAUUCGCUGCCGCUUACCCGAUGUCGUGGAGUCCCUCUGCACAAGGGGUGUAGAUAUGUCUAUUCCUGACAAAAAUGAUUGCUGUCCUCUUUGGGCAGCAUUGGUGUCAGAUCAGGAAGAUAUUGCCUCAAUUUUAGUCAGAAAUGGUGCGGACACAGACUGUUGGGGGGCCGGACCGGAUGGGUGCUUGCAGUCCUUGUUGCACAGAGCUAUUGAUGAAAACCAGGAAGCAAUUGCAAAUUUUUUGAUACGGUCUGGGUGUGACCUAAACGCUCCCCGCCGACCAGGUCCGAGUGGUAUUGGUGGCGAUGAGGCCCACGACCUCCAAGGUCCUUUGCAUUUGUGCUGCUCAUGGGGUCUGCAGAGUACAGUGCAAACGCUGGUGGAACACGGGGCCAAUGUCAAUGCCAAGGAUGCAGAUGGUCAUACACCGCUGCACAUUGCCAUAAAAAACCAACAUCCUUCAAUUAUUGCACUUCUUUUAUGUCAUCCGAACAUUGAUCUAUCGCUGAGGGAUAAGACAGGCCUUUCACCUUUUGCCACAGCUUUGACUGUGCGCAAUCACAAAGCAGCAGAAGCGAUCCUUGAUAAAAUGCCCAAUGCAGCUGAGCAGACUGACAACAAAGGUCGAAACUUUCUUCACACUGCCAUUCAGAAGAAUGACUCAGAAAGUGUUCUUUUCUUGCUCUCUAUUAAUGUUGAUGUCAACUCCCGUGUCAACGAUGCGAAUCAGACUCCACCUCUUCAUCUUGCAGCAGCCUCAGGAGAUGAAGUGCUUGUCCGGAGCUUGUUUCUAGCUGGAGCCAGACCCAAUGAUGUUGAUGCUCACAAACGUAAUGCCCUGCAUGUAGCAUCUGAGGCAGGUCAUGCAAAUAUUGUAUCUGCAUGUCUGUCUAAUAGUGUAGCAUAUGAUGCUGUUGACUCUGGGGGAGACUCAGCAUUACAUAUUGCUUGUCGUGAGGGCCAUUUGCAAGUGGUUCGGACUUUACUAGAAGAGUCCCAGUUAAAUGCGGAGACGAUGAAUCUGAAAGGUCAAAAUCCUCUACAUGUCCUUGCAAGACAUGGCAAGGAUAAUUCAGCAGCUAUUUGUGAGCUCUUUAUUGAGUACAUGCCAGAUUAUCCAAUUAACAAGCCAGAUCUGGAUGGUAACACAGCUCUCAUGUUGGCUUAUAUGAAGGGCAAUGGAAAUCUGUGUCGCGCCCUGGUAAAGGCCAAAGCCUGUAUUGGUUCAAUGAACAAAGAUGGAGUGACCAUCUUCAAUUACCAAGUGACAACUAAACAGCUUUUAUACAGCUUACUUAAUCAAUUAUCAGAAGAACCACCAUGGGCAGAAGGUGACAUUUGUUUAGACUGUGGAACAAAGUUUGGUUUUACAGUUCGGAAGCAUCACUGCCGUCAUUGUGGUAGAGUCCUCUGCAGCAAUUGUUCCGGCCAAGACGUCCCUAUAUUGAAAUUUAAUCAAAAGAAACCUGUCAGAGUAUGCUCUGUUUGUUUUGACUUUUUACAAGUCGGCUCUUCAUAAUAUGAAAUGCAUUCCUAUGAAUUCAUUAACAACAAUUGUCUGAAGUAUUAAUAAAUCUGAUUGUCAAUGUGUAAGGAGUGCAGUCUAUGCACUUUGUGAUAUUGUAGCAUUGAAAUAGCUAUUAUUCAAGUCUCUUUUUGUUGAAUAGAAAUCUUGUUUUUAGUCUGAAAUGUAUGUAUGCCUUUGCACACUGUGCUAUUGUUGUCUUUAGUUUGUCUUUCUCCUUGAAUAAAGUCUGAGUCUGACUAUGAUCACAUUUUUGAAAUUAAAGUUGUUGGAAGUGAGAUGUGUAGGAGCUCUAAGCUCUUUGUUAUUGAUUUUUUUUCUUCUUAAGGAAAGUGCCAUGCAUGACCUAGAGCAUUCAGAUUAAAUCAACCUUGUAUUACUAUGUUGUAACUUGUUAGUUGUAUCGUUCAUCUAUAUGACUGAACAUGGGUUCAGUUCAAUGAAUUUAUGUCUAAUAAAACCAAAGGUAAACUA